AUGGCAGAAAACUCCACAGAAAAAGGUAAAAUAACAGCUUCCCAAGAUUUACAGGAUAGCAACCAGCACCUUAUUAUAUCAGGAGGUAAUGCAAUCACUGCAUCUCAGAAGAGCUUGGAUACUGGCACUACUGGCUAUAAUGAGAAUUCCAUUUCAAGCCUAGAGAGCCAGUGUGAGAUCAGCGUGGUGCAGGAUGUCUGGAAUGAUUGCCCUUUAGGGAUGCCGCCACCACCAAGCCCUGAAAAUUUAGCAACUUCUCCCAACUUGAAAAUGGAAAACUUGGAAGAGCUUUCAUCCCCUUUCCCUCCACCUGCAUCCCCAGUUAAACAAGAGUCACAUUCAGAAACAAAUACAAUGGCCAGGAGAGCUGGAGAGACAGUAUCCUCUUUGCAAGGAAAUCCAAUCAGGCCUACUACUCUUCCACUGAAUCAACUUUGUAACAGUCGACAAGAAAAGGGUAUAGCAGACCUUCAGGAAUCAAGCCAACGUCAUCAGAAUUGUGAGAAUGGGGCAAGGUCCGAUGAACCUGAGGCUGAUGAGAAAAGGAUUUUGGAGGAGGAAUUAAAAAAAUGCAUUGAGGAUUUCAAGAGGAUCAAAAUACCAACACUUUUUCCAGACCGAAAACGGCACUGGCAGAGUGACCUGCUCAAAAAGUAUAAUGCCUAAGGUGACAGGAAAUGCAAAAUUUAAACACAAUUUACAUACAUUGUGCGUCAUUUAUUAUAAAAUGUAUUAUAAAAAACAGUUGUUUUCAAACUUUGCAGGGGAAAUAAAACCCUCUUCUUAACCAAAUAAAAUGUUCAGGAAAUAGUUUAGCUGUUUAAUGGAAAUACCUCAGUUCAUCAAAAGCUGUAGCAAAAAUAUUCUGUUACAAAGGAAUCAAGGAUAUUACAAAUUACAUUUGAAAGAAUUGUCAUUAUAGCCUUUUUAAAAGUAUUGAAUGUAAGUAAUGUAAAGCAUAUACUGUAUGCAUUCACACAUUACACUAGUGCACUUGACAUGCAAACUGGAGUUAGUAGUGUGUAAGUAAAACACAUAAGAGUCAGCAUUAUGACACAGAAACAAUAAGGUCAAUAUAUGCUUCUAGAAAAAAAUAAAGACAUGCAUUGGUAUUUUCUAAGUAUAAAUACUCUAUUGAAUGUGGAAAAUAAAUAUACUACAGGUACUAAAUGAAAGCAGGUAAGACAAGGCCUUUAGCAUAUCCAAGCUUGCACAAUAAUGCCAUGCAUAAUAUUUGUUAAAAAUAAUUUUUAAUUGAUUGAUUGCUCCUGCAAUUAGUUAUCUCUUACAAUAUUAACAUGUAUUAAUAUUGAAUACAUUUUCCAAAUAAAUAAGAUAUUAAGACACAACUUUUGUAGAAUAUUUUUAUAAUAAAGUGUAUUUAGAAAAUGCAUUUUCCUUAUGGAAACCAAACCUUAACCUUAUGGUUAACCAAAAAUAUCCUAUAGAUCCUGGCAGAAAAAAAUAUGCAUAUAAACUGUACAGCUGAAAUAUUAUAGAGCAUAUUGGAUAAGCUUUAAAAAACAGGUGACGUAGAAACUUUGGAAUAUCUAUCCAUCCAUCCAUCCUCUUCCGCUUAUCCAAGGUCGGGUCGCGGGGGUAGCAGCUUAAGUAGAGAAGCCCAGACUUCCCUCUCCCCGGCCACUUCUUCCAACUUUGGAAUAAUGAUAUUAUAUUUGAGGAAGCAUAAUAAGGGCUAUGAGACCAAAAUUGAGUUUUUUUUUUACAAUCUGACUAAAUUCCAUAUUUGGCCUAAGUCGAAUAUUGCACAUUAUCAAAAACACAACAUCACUACAUGGUGGUGGUGGCAGCAUCAGGCUGUGAGAAUGCUUCUUUGCAGCAGGUCCUGGAAGGCUUGUGAUUGUAGAAGGUAAAAUGAAUGCAGCAAAAUACAGCGAAAUCCUGGAGGAGAACCUGAUACAGUCUGCAAGAUACCUGUGCCUUGGGAGAUUUGUUUUCCAACAAGACAAUGACCCUAAGCAUUAAGCCAAAGCUACAAAGAAAUGGCUAAAAAAAACAACAAUACUAAUAUCUUGAGAUGGCCAAUUUAGAGUCCAGAUCUCAGUCUCACUGGGAAAUUGUGACUGGAUUUGUAAAAGGCUGCUCACUUAUGAUCUCCAAGUAACAUAACAGAAAAAAAAAACUGCAAUAUCCAGAUAUGCAAGCUGAUAGAAACCUGUCCACAAAGAUUUAAGACUGUUAUGACAGCCAAAGGUGCAUCUAAACUAAAUACUGACUUGAAGGGGU